AUGUUCCAAUGGUGCCAAUCCACCACCCAACAAGUUUAUGAUAGGGCAGAGGAGAUCAAAAAUCAUAUUGAAUCAUUGCACCUUUCUAAUCCAUCAAUUCCAUCUUCUGCAGCUUGCCCAUCCCCCAAUGUUGUCUCAACUUCCACUUCCACUUCCACUUCCACUUGUCUCAAUGUUGGGGAUGAUGUUUAUAUGAUUGACCCCACUACUUGCUGCACCAAGAAAGGCACUAUUACUUCUAUUGUUCAUACAACUACUGGCAACAUGCCCAACAUAAGGUGGAAUGGGGAAUCUAAAGACACUCUAAUCCCUUUCCCAUUUUUGAAAAAGGACAAAUGCCCUGCUGCAGCCGCCCUGUAA